CAUUUAUCAUGCCUUGCAACCAGAGUAUACAAUCCCAAAGUCAGUCAUGCUCACAUGGAUGCAUGAAGAAGACUCAUGUAAUUGUCCCUCGAAUAGGGUGCCCAGCUCCGGACUUUAAGGUCACUGCUUUGAUGCCUAACAAAGAAUUCAAAGAAAUUUCCUUGUCUGACUACAAGGGCAAGUGGCUUGUUUUGUUCUUCUAUCCUCUUGAUUUUACGUUCGUGUGUCCGACUGAAAUCACGUCGUUCAGCGAUGAAUCGCAUAGGUUUGAAGAACUCAACGUAUCAGUCCUUGGUGCAUCUAUCGACUCGAAAUUUUCCCAUUUAGCGUGGACAAAUAAGCCCAGAAAUGAGGGCGGACUUGGAGACAUUAAGAUUCCCAUUUUGUCUGAUCUAAACAAGACGGUUGCUCAUGCAUAUGGCGCACUCUAUCUGGAUACUGGUCACACCCUGCGUGCAUCCUAUAUUAUUGAUGACAAGGGUAUUUUGCGUCAUAUAGCUUUCAACGAUCCUGGUGUCGGACGCAGUACUGAGGAAAUGCUUCGUUUAGUGGGAGCAUAUAUAGAGACCGACAAGCAUGGAGAAGUCUGUCCUGCCAACUGGAAUAAAGGGAAAAAGACCAUAACUCCAGGUAACAGCAAAGAAUACUUUUCGUCGCUACCAUAAUGGGUCUUGGAUGAUUUUUCUAUUGUCUUCUGAACAUGGAAAAGAAUAAUAAAAUAAAAAAAGUUUCUAUAAAUAGCA